UGCCAGGGAUCCAAGGGCGGGCACUGCUGCUCUGGGCACCUGUGCCAGGGCCUGCCACCCUCACAGGGAACAAUUCGCUCCUAAUUUCUCCUUACCCACACAAACCAGCACACACCGAGUGGGUUCUGCGCUUUAAAUUUCCAGAAAAUCACCGUCAAAGCCAUUUGCCACCUGCCCAGCAGGCACUGAGCAGAAUCACCACCCUGGCAAAGCUGGAGAUCUUUCCUAUUCAUCCACUUGGCUCCUUUACUGCCUUUUGCAGCCCAUGGAUUCCUCCACAGGGAUACAUUUUAGGGGGCAAAGAAAAGGUCCAUCAGCAAACUUGUGUGAGAUAAGAGCCAGCUCAAAACUGCCCUGCCCCAUUCGCGAGCUCCAGCCACCUUCACCUCCCCGUGGGGCUCGUCUGGUUCCUGCCUUUCCUCUGCAGAGGGAUGGGCUUGCUGCUCAAGAUUCUCAUCCCUUUGCUGGGAGCAGCACUGGCCUUUUAUUUUUACUCAGCACCUGAGAACUUCAAUGAAGAGAUGCUCCGGGGGAAGCGGGUGAUCGUGACGGGAGCCAGCAGCGGCAUCGGGGAGCAGAUGGCAUAUCACCUGGCACGGAUGGAGGCACACCUGCUGCUCACGGCACGCACAGAGGCCAAGCUGCAGAAAGUUGUGGAGCGGUGCCUGGAGCUCGGCGCUGCCUCCGCCCGCUACAUCAGCGGCUCCAUGGCCAGCCCCAGCCUGCCCGAGGAGGUGCUCAGGGAGGCUGAGAACACCUGGGGGGGCCUGGACAUGCUCAUCCUCAACCACAUUGGCCAGAGCGGCUUCACCUUCUUCAGCGGGGACGUGGAGCACGUCCGCAGCCUCAUGGAGACCAACUUUGUGAGCUACGUGGCGCUGGCCACGGCUGCCCUGCCCCUGCUGAGGGAGAGCGAGGGCAGCAUCGUGGUGGUCUCAUCCAUAGCAGGUAAAAUUGCCGGCCCUUUUACUGCUCCCUAUUCGGCAACCAAGUUUGCCCUAGACGGAUUUUUCAGCUCCUUGAGGCAGGAGCUCAUCAUAGACAAGAUCAACGUUUCCAUCACGCUCUGCAUCCUGGGCUACAUCAACACAGAGAGCGCCGUACGGGCCGUGUCCCACGUCAUCCCCGACACGCCGGCCCCCAAGGAGGAGUGUGCCCUGGAGAUCAUCCGGGCCGGGGCCCUGCGCCGCCGGGAGCUGCGCUACCCCGGGCCGGCCGUCGGCACCGCGCUGCUCCUGCACGGCCUCGCCCCCGAGCUGCUGGAGGGGCUGCUCCGCGGCAGCUACCGCCUGGAGAACGUGCGGAGAACGUAGCCUGGGACUUGGGGACACCCGGGACACCUGGGCAUGGGCUGGGACACCUGGGGAUGGGCUGGGACACCUGGGGAUGUGCUGGGAGACCUGGGAUGUGCUGGGACACCUGGGGCUGUGCUGGGACACCUGGGGUUGUGCUGGGACUCCGGGGACACCUGGGGAUGUGCUGGGACACCUGGGCAGUGCUGGGACUCCGGGGACACCUGGGCUGUGCUAGGACACCUGGGGAUGGGCUGGCAUACCUGGUCUGUCCUGGCGCACUUGGGCUGUCCUGGCACACCUGGGGCUGUACAGGCACACCUGGGGCCAAGCAGGAUGGGUCUGACUGUGAGCCCGGCUGCUCAGGACGGGUCUGGCUGUGAGCCCAGCUGCUCGGUGCCCUCUCCACACCCUGGGGCAUCCCUCUGCUGACGCCCUGGCAGCCUGGGGCAGGGCACUCCAGGAGCCUGUGAGGCAGCACAAAAAUGUCCUUUUUAGCAAUAAGCUCUUGUAAAGGGCUUUUGGCAGCCAGGAGGCACUUCAGAGAAGGGCUGCCCAGCAGCAGGUUCCUGCUCACCCUGCAGACACUGUUCCCCUGGAGAGCCACCGAGGCAGCUGAGCUGAGCCCUGGCCCAGGACCAGACUUUGGGCCAGGCAGCACAGAUCUCCCAAAGCCACGAGAGAGUCUCUGAAUCUGGAGAUUUCUGUCACACAUCCCUUCCAUGCCAGUCUUUGUAGGAAUAAAUCCAACGUUGCUUUGA